AUGCCGUCGUUGCUGGAAGCAUUGGAGCUGAAGUACGGCGGUUCAACGACCGAGUGCUCCCUGACCGACGAGGAGACGGAGUCCAGCUCGCCGAAGGCCGCCCUCUCGGUCAGCAUUUUCAUACCGAAGAAAUCGCCACGGCACACGGUGCCGGCGUUGUUGGUGCUGCAGGACUGCGACAUCGAGUCGGCGGGCAACGACGCUGAGAAGCUGCGUAAUAAAUGCAAGAACGUCGAAGAGCUCGAUCUCGCGCAGAACAAGCUCUCCCAAUGGGAGGAGGUGUUUGGGAUAUUGCAGCAUAUGCCGAAGAUCAAGUUCGUGAACCUGAGCUUCAAUUGUCUGGCGGAGGUGCUGGACGUGAAGUACGGUAGCUACGAUCAGCUGAGGAAUUUGGUGUUGAACGGCACUAGAGUGUCCUGGUCGACGGUCCAGGGCUUGAUACGAUUGCUCCGUAACCUGGAGGAGCUACAUCUGUCUUUAAACGAGUACAGGACCGUAGAUGUGGACCAUCAGAAACAGGAAAAUGUGAACCCGUCCCUGAGGAAGCUCCAUUUCACUGGGAACCCUGUAGAAGUCUGGAACGAGAUCGCCAAACUGGGAUACAUCUUUCCCAAUCUGGAGAGUCUGGUUCUGGCCGAGUGCCCGAUCAGAUCGCUGGCCUUGGUCGACAACAGGAACUCCAACGAGGAGGAAACGACCACCACCUGCCAGACGAAAGAGAAUCUCAGCCAGGACAACGAGAACAUGAACAACCUGGACGAGAAUGUGGUGGAUGAAAAGGGGAACAGGAUAUACGGGGAGGGGAAAGUGAAUUACGAUAGGUCCGAGUCGGAAUCGGAAUCCACCGGGAACACGAUCAGGUCCUCCCACGAUCCGUUCAGGAAGCUAAGGUUCUUGAACGUGAACGGGACACUGUUGUCCACAUGGGACGACGUCGAGAGGCUCGCCAGGUUUCCUGUUCUGAAGUCGCUGAGGAUUCAGGGUUGUCCUCUGUUCGAGAGUCCUCGAGAGUACACGGAACACGAGAGGCGGCAGCUGUUGAUCGCGAGACUGCCAAACGUCGAGACUUUGAACGGUGGCGGUGUGAUAUCGUCGCAGGAACGCGAGGACGCCGAAAGGGCCUUCAUUCGUUACUACAUGGACAAACCGGAAGCGGACAGGCCUGAAAGGUACUCCGAGCUGGUCGCUAUUCACGGCAAGCUGGACCCGCUGGUACACGUUGACCUGACGCCAGAGAAGAGGGUCAAGGUCACGUUCACUUACGGAGACCUGGUCGAGGUACGAUCCGUGGACGUGUACAGAACCGUUUUCGAACUGAAAACCAAACUGGAGACGAUGGUGAAAAUCCCGGCGAAUCGGAUGAGACUGUUCUACGUGGAUCAGGUGAUGAAGGCGCAGUACGGGCCCGAAGAGAUGUUGUAUCCGAACAAGCAGCUGUAUCGGUACAACAUCCGGAACGGUGACGAGAUCAUCAUCGAUAGCAAGCUGAACCGAUGCGUGUCGACGUCCUCGACAACGUCUUCCAUUCGUUCCUGAGGAAGGUUCGCCAGCGAAUCGUCGGAUGACGCGAAACCCAACACCUGACGAUUGUCGGAAUCUGAUCUCCGUUAGCACGGAUCCCACGGUCGCGAAGGGGAGGACCGUUUGGUGUUGCUUCGAUCGUAGAUCGAACAACUAGGGGGUGGGGGGCUUGGAACUUUUGAUAUAUAUAUAUACAUAUAUAUAUAUAUAUUACCAUACAGACCGAGUAAACAUUGUUUUUUUUUAGCGAAUAUAUUGUAUUCAUCGUCGAUUCUUCGGGAUUAAGAAAGAUACGCGUGGUUGGGUGAUUCGAAGGAAGUUAC